AUGGAUUCCAGGGUGCUGUCAGAGAUACAUUUCUGUAAAAAGAUCUUCACUGCAGCCUUGUGUGUCUUAGUUUUGCUGCUGGAUUCGGGCUGUGCAAGGAAUCUCUGGAAGCGUGCUCUACAUCUGAAAAUGACGGAGAAAUAUGAUGAUUAUGAGUACCCUCUUCAUUCUCACAGUUCCCACUACCAGAAGAACGACCGCUGCCCCCCACCGCCCCAGACUUUGCCUGACCGAGCCUGCGAGGUGCCCAGCUGCCGGUCGGAUUCAGAGUGUGAAAGGCACAAGCGUUGCUGCUACAACGGGUGCAUCUAUGCAUGCUUGGAGUCUGUACAGCCACCGCCAGUUUUAGACUGGUUGGUUCAGCCCAAACCCCGCUGGCUGGGAGGAAAUGGGUGGCUUUUGGAUGGCCCAGAGGAAGUCUUACAAGCUGAGGCCUGCAGUACCACUGAGGAUGGAGAUGAGCCUCUGCAUUGCCCCACAGGCUAUGAAUGCCAUAUCAUCAACCCAGGAAACACGGCUGAAGGAAUCCCUAACAGGGGCCAGUGCAUCAAGCUCCGUGGAAAUCCAGAUGGACGCAACCUGAGGCACAAGUAUUACAAGGAAUAUUUUGGAAGCAAUUCCAACAAUGUGGUCGGCUAUGUGAAAAACCAGCAGAAGCAUUUAGGCUAA